UGUUCCCCUCCCCCUGGAUCACUGGUGGAGAGCAUUAAGAUGUUUACGGAGCGUUUUGCAGAGCGUCUGGAGGAUGCUGACUAUAAAGGUCUGGUCCAGAUCAGAUGGCAGUUAGGAGGACUACACUUCUCCCAGACACAACAGAUCUUCAGCCGCAUACAGGCCAAGGACGCCUUCAUUCAGGGUUUGAGGAAUAUCCGGUACCUGGGUAAGGGAACCUACAUCGACUGCGCCAUCGCUAACAUGACACAGGAAAUGUUUCACUGCUACAAGGUGAAGUGUCUGGAGACAGAUGGACCUCCUGGUCCUGAAGGACACCGAGGACAGAAGGGAGCUAAAGGAGACAACGGCAACGCCGGCCCUAAAGGCGAUAGGGGAAGACAGGGCGACCCCGGCAUCGAGGGUCCCAUUGGUCAACCAGGAGUCAAGGGUGAAAUAGGUAUCAAAGGUGAAAAGGGGGAGAUCGGAGCUGAGGGGAAGAAGGGUGUGGCCGGCCUCGCCCCUCUGCGGGACGCAAAACGGACCAGGGACGGAGCAGAAUGGGGAAUGAUCGGACACGCAUCGGUGCUUCCGGCUAGCAAAAGGAGAUCGCAGGAGACAGGG